AUGUCUGCAGAUCUUCAUUGUCACAUUGUGCUUGAAAAUUGGAAGAAAUUACAACAGUUAACUAGUCCAGUCGACAAGAGUACUGUGGUGGUGCGAGGAAAGAAGUUGACCUUGGCGGAUGUGGUCGCGGUAGCUCGGCAUGGAACCGCAGCUUUCAUCGACAAAACGCCAGAACUGCGGGAAGAGGUGGAUAAAAGUGUUGGUUUCCUGAGACAAUGUGUCGAGAAAGGCGAGGUUCUAUAUGGCAUUAACACUGGGUUUGGAGGAAGUGCCAACACACAAACCAGUGAUACUAGGAACCUUCAAGUCUCUCUAAUGCAGAUGCAACAAUAUGGCAUUUUAUGCAAUGGUGAGGGUCAAUAUCCUGAACCAGGAGACUCAACAGCCGUCACCGAAAUGCCCGAGCCAUGGGUGCGCGCAUCGAUGUUGGUCCGGUGCAACACUCUUGUACGGGGUCAUUCUGGGGUUCGAUUUGAGAUCAUUGAAGCGAUAGUUGAGCUUCUCAACCAGGGAUUCACUCCACUCGUGCCCUUACGAGGCAGUAUCUCCGCUUCUGGCGAUUUGAGUCCUCUGUCCUACAUUGCCGGCGUCUUAGAAGGCAAUCCAAAGCUCCUGCUCCGGACACCGAUAAGGAAGGGAAAUCUAUGCAAGGAACAUGGGCCACGAGAGCUCAUUUCCUCGGAUAGACUUCUGGCCCAGAUCGGCAUCCAGCCCGUAUGCUUCGGCCCCAAAGAGGGUCUGGGCUUGGUCAAUGGAACAGCGGUCUCUGCAGCUGUGGCUGCCAUUGGGCUCCAUGAAACGCAUAAUCUGGCAGUAAUGUCACAGGUCUUGACUGCUAUGGCAGUGGAGGUCAUGUCUGGGAACCCCGAGAGUUUCGAUCCCUUCAUUGCCCAGGUUCGUCCCCACGAGGGCCAGAUCGAAUGUUCCGCCAACAUCAGCAAAUUUUUGCAAGGGUCACGACUCACGCAGGUAGUUCAUUCAUCUGAAAACCUGAGUAUGGGCUCUUCUACUUCACUCCGUCAGGAUCGCUAUCCAGUCCGCACGGCGCCCCAAUGGAUCGGCCCAUUGCUCGAAGAUCUUAAACUGGCUCAUAGCCAAGUGACCGUUGAGCUCAAUGCGACUACCGAUAACCCUCUGAUUGACGUGGAGGGACGCAGAAUACUGCAUGGGGGAAACUUCCAGGCCAUGUCCGUAACUGUUGCCAUGGACAAAGCCCGCUCGGCUCUACAGCUCAUGGGGAAAAUGCUGUUUGCCCAAUGCACAGAAAUUAUCAGCCCUGAUCUCAACAAUGGUCUACCGCCGAAUCUAAGUUUCGAUGAGCCUAGCCUGUCAUAUUGCCUGAAGGGAGUUGAUAUUGGUAUGGCUGCCUAUACCUCCGAGUUGGGCUUCCUCGCCCACCCGGUAGGUCCAAACGUGCAGUCGGCCGAGAUGUCCAACCAGGCCAUCAACUCGUUAGCGCUUGUUUCAGCUCGGUACACACAGACAGCGGUUGAUGUAUUCUCCAUGCUCGCUGCCUCUUAUAUCUACGUGCUUUGCCAGGGGCUGGAUCUCAGAGUACUGCAGCUGGAAUUUCACGACGCCCUGCGCCCCGUCGUAGAAUCCAUCACCAACCGCGCAUACAGCCAAUUCUUAACCACGCCUACUGCUUGCAAAGACCUCCAAUCGCUACUCUGGGCCCAUAUUACCGGUGCUCUCAAAUCAGCGUCGUCCAGUACAAAGGACUCACAACCCCGAUUCGCCAUGAUCGCUGAGUCGGCCCAGUCGGUGGUGGUGACGUUCUUCGCCUCUCGUCCUGGGGUGGUAACUGGAUACUCUCCGCAGAUGUCUACUAUCCAUGCCUGGGCUAAGGAUCUGGCAACGGCCAUGACUGAGGCUUUCCAUAGUAGUCAACUUCUGUUGGUCAGCCCACAGUGCCCGACAUCGACAUACCUGGGCUCAGCGGCACGCAUCAUGUAUACAUAUGUGCGCAGCACCCUGAAGAUCCCUCUGAACCGAGGCCUUGUCGACCACCCGACCCCCAAUCCCACGAGAAAAUCAAUAAACACCGAAUCGGAUCCGCGGACUUCUACGAACGCGGACACCCAGGGAAUUGGUGCAUAUAUUACUAGAAUAUAUGAAGCAUUGCGCUCCGAUGCCUUGAUGGUUCCAGUCAUGGAGUGCCUGGUCCAAGGCAAACAAAACGGGCAUUGA